GAGGAAGAGUAGGCAGUUUUAGACCUAGGGCCAGUUGGCACCUGCUUUUCCCUCUGGAGUCUGGAACAUUAUAAAUUGUUGAGAGAAGACAAUUGAAUUGAACUUCACAUUGAGGAAAGUAUGAAGGUCAUAGUGAAUUUCAAAGGUCAUGCUCUUCCUGGAACCCUCUUUAUUAUUUUGAGCCUUUGGUGGAGUACAAGGAGUAUUCUGAAAUAUGUCUGUAAAAAGCAAAAGCAGACAUUCUACCUUCGUUCCAAAGCAUUAUUCCAUCGAGUAGAACUUUUGGAAGGAACUAUAGUAGUUGGCAUGGCUUUAACCGGCAUGAUUGCAGAGCAAUUUAUUCCUAGAGGGCCCCACCUGAUCUUAUAUAAAGAGGGCAAGUGGAACAAACUCCUUAGCUGGCAUCAUUUCACUAUGUAUUUCUUCUUUGGGCUGAUGGGCGUGGCACACAUCCUAUGUGUCACCAUCCGUUCACUUCCCUCCUCCUUACCCAAGUUAAUGUUGUCAAAUGCCUUAUUUGUGGAAGCUUUUAUCUUCCACAACCACACUCAUGGCCGGGAAAUGGUGGAAAUCUUUGUGCACCAGCUGCUGGUUUUGGUCAUCUUUUUGACAGGCCUGGUCACCUUCAUGGAGUUCCUCCUGCAGAACAAUGUACUUCUGGAACUUCUGCGUUCAAGCCUCAUCCUGCUUCAGGGGAGCUGGUUCUUUCAGAUUGAUUCUGUCCUGUAUUCGCCCAGUGGGGCUCCUACAUGGAAUCUGAAGGAUCAUGAGAACAUUAUGUUUCUCACCAUAUGCUUUUGCUGGCAUUAUGCAGUAAGCUUUGUCAUCAUUGGAGUGAAUUACGCUUUUGUCACCUGGUUGGUUAAGUCUAAACUAAAGAGUUUCUGCCCCUCAGAAGUGGGACUCCUAAAAAGUGUUGAACAAGAAUCAGAAGAAGAGAUGUGAUUUGGAUGAGCAUCCAGUCUUCCUAGAUAAACCUUUUCUUUUUUGUACUGUU